AGCAAAACCAAGAAAAUCCUAGAAACUACCCAUGAAGUUUUGAUCCCUAUAACAUAUUUCUCCUCCCUAUAAAUAGAUCAGCCAACUCCCUUGGCUAACCGUGUAGGAUCAUCCCAUCUGCAACUAGCUUGUAUACAAUUUCUAAGACAACAAACAUGUCCCUCAGUAGCUUCUUCGGUCGAAAGCCCACAAAACACACCAACCCUGAGCCCAUCUCUAUUGACAUAUGGGAUCCCCUCGAAGGUCUAUCCCUUGCCACCACGCUCGCCGCAAUCUCAUCGGUUAAUGCUACCGCCAGUAUGGAUUGGAAGGAAACUCAGGAUGCUCAUGUCUUUAUAGCUGACCUCCCGGGGGUGAGGAAAGAUGAAGUAAAGAUAGAAGUGGAAGAAGAGAAGAUCCUGAAGAUAAGUGGGCAGAGGACUAAAGAGAGUGAAGAGAAGGGUGAUAAGUGGCACCAUGUCGAGCGGAGCGCUGAAAGGUUCCUUCGUAGUGUGAAACUACCACCAAAUGCAAGUAUUGAACGCAUGAAGGCUGUUCUUGAGGAUGGAGUUCUUACAGUGACUGUACCCAAGGAUCAAGAGAAGAAGGUUCGCGGGAGGUUUAUUCAGAUUACAGACUAACUUAAUACCUCUGCUGCUUUAUACGUAUCACGUAAUAUAUAUAGUUGUAUCAAGUGAUCAUCUAUGUGGUUUGCUAGAUAUCGGAAUCUUGGUGUGCUUGGAAAAAAAUAAAGGUGCAGCAUGGUACAUGGAAGAGUGCUGUAAGAUAAACUGAAUGGAAUAUUCUAUUUACUUGUCUGCUUUUUAUUUUCUUUGGACAGAUUUCCUUGCAAGCUCAGUUCGAGCAUAGACAUGAGUCGUAUACUUUGAUCGCUACUAGUAAUGAUAUGGAUGCUUUAUGUGUG